UUGCUUUUUUCGUCGCACGAAGAAGAUUAUGAGCAUGGAAAAUAGCAGCGAGCAAGAGUGCGAAAGCCCGCCAGGGUCGGACCCUAGCAGCGAGUUGGAAGGUGGCAAGGCCAGCACCGCAGAUGCGGCGACCGCUGUCCCCAACUCUCCUGACGGCACUAGGACUGGAACCGACGCCGUGGAACGGUUCGUGCCCGUAGGAGCGGACCAGAAGGAACAGAACGAUGACAGCUCAGUGUCUGAUCCCGGACCGCCGUCUGAGGUUGACACCCUGAACGCCCGCAACUUUCUCGUGGAGGAGACCCUGCUGGCGGCUCUCGCCUACCAGCCUCGGCCUAGCGACGUGUUUACCGUCAGCUACCCCAAGUGUGGCUCGGCGCUCCUGCAGUUUCUCGUGUUCGGCGUGCUCAAUCGCGGCCAGCCGAGCAAAGACUUCGCAGACUUCGUGGCGCGCGCCCCGUACCUCGAGUGGAUGGGCAUCAAGUCGGUGCUGGAGAUGCGAAGACCGGGAGCGAUCAAGACUCACCUGCCCUUCGAGAAGAACCCCCACAGCCAACACGCCAAGUACAUCUACAUGGCUCGAAAUCCUUUCGACUGCUGCGCUUCCUACUACAUGCACAUGAAGACCAUGCCCUUGUCCCGUCCCGAGGCGGCUAGCUUCGACGUCUUCUUCGAUGCCUUCCUCGAGGGAAAGGUCAUUUACGGCGACUACUUCGACCACGUCCUCUCAUGGUACGACCACAGGAAUGACCCGAACGUGCUCUUCAUCACCUACGAGGACGUCAAGAGCGACCCCGGGGCCUCCACUCUACGUAUCGCCGACUUCAUCGACCAGGGCAUCGGCAGAGAACUUCGAGAGGACCCCGUCCUUCUCUCAAACGUGUUGAAGAUCGCCAGCGCCAACAACAUGACGGCGACGUGCAACCAGGGAAUGCGUUCUAUACUGGCCGAUGAACUCGCUCUGACCAUCGGGAAUGAACAAAUCACACCGGCCGAGUUCUACAAGAAUGUGUUCGCGGAGGCGCUGGAGAUCGCCGAGGGCUCGGACUUUACGCGCAAGCCAAUCUGCGGCAGGUGGAAGGAGUUCUUCAAGCCUGAGCAAGUGCAAAGGAUGAAAGAGUGGAUCGACCAGAAGACGGCUGGAAGUGACGUGUUCAGUAUCUGGAGCGACAGCGAGCUACCUUGACCGAAUCCCAGGAAGCUUCCGUAAACGGAGAAACUGUUCCUUGGAAAUUAGGAGUUUUGG